AUUAUAGCCUACUACUAACUUCCUCCUUUUUUCCCGUGGAAUUCUCCCAUGACGUUCGAUUAGGGAUUUUUUAAAUGCCGUGGUUGUCUGUGGACAGGAAAUGAAGGACCACGAAAACAUUAGCACGUUCAGGCGAAAUAGGACAUCUAAAUUUACCUCAUUGUAUUCCAAAAUACUUUGAUCAAUUAAUUUCCUCCUCUUGGUGAGCUUAUUGUUUAGAAAUAUUUCAGUCAUUGCGUGUAAUUUUCACACCAACAGCGAACAGAUAAAGCCCGUGCCCUAAAUUGGUUCUGCUUCACUUAUUUUGAAAGUGCAGUAACCGGAAAUUGUGUUAUCGUCUCCCCCCUGCACGUUCUUUACGUUUAUACGUCAAUGUAGCGGAUCAAUGACAAAAGAGGGCUGUGUGGUAGUGCCCCCCUAAACAUGUCUGUUUUCCCCGGGGUUGUAUGCUCCAUAUGACCCGGGAUGGGACUCUCUCCGCCGCCUAAAUCAGCGAUUUAGUUCACUGAAGCGACGGAGCUGGAGCGUUAAAACAAACAGAGGCUAACGGUCUGUUUAUUUAUUCAAGAGAAGAUGGCGGAGUUCUCGCCUGUCCUGCCGAUGCGGGAUGGAGGAGGACGAUUUGCCCAGCCCAUCUUCCCUCGGUCCAGGUCCGGUUCCGAGUCAGAGAGUGAACUGUCCCAGAGUCUGGCCCGGACCAAGAUCCGCUCGUACGGCAGCACAGCCAGCGUCACGGCCUCCCUGGGGGAGAAAUACAUAGAGCAUCGGGUUACAGACAGCGAUACUCUGCAAGGGAUUGCUCUCAAAUACGGUGUCACGAUGGAGCAGAUCAAGAGAGCCAAUAAGCUGUUCAGCAAUGACUGCAUCUUCCUGAGGAACAGCCUCAACAUCCCCGUGGUGUCAGAGAAGCGCUCCAUAUUUAAUGGACUGUCUCUCGAGUCUCCUGAUGGGGAUGGUGACACGGCAUGCCAGGAGGCAGACGCACCUUGUAUUAUCACGCAGGAUAUUGAGGGACCCUCGCCGCCCCCUUCCCCGCCCCGUGAGCACUCCAAACCUGCCCAGCCUCAGCCAGAGGAGCUGUCAGCCAAAGACUUCUUACACAGACUGGACUUGCAAAUUAAACAGUCAAAGCAGGCUGCGCGCAGACUGAAAGAAGAAGAAGAAGUGAGGAGCAGCGGGGAGAAUUAUGCAGCUCCCACAACAUCAUACCAGGAGAUCUAAAGAGCAAUCUGUUUACCCAAAGUCUCGGACAUGCUUGCCCAUGCACACAAACACUACCGCAGCCUCGUUGCUUUUUUCUUUUUACCUUUUCAUGUUUACUGAACCGCGUUCAGCAAGUGUCAUUUCUGCCUUUUUAUUUAUUGAAAUGCAGUUCUUAUGAUGUACAUUACAAGCCCAUUUCAAGAGAGCUGCUGUGCUGUGUGAGAUGUAAAUAUUAACUGUUUAAUUGAAAACAUGUCGUAGAAGCUCAGUGGGAUUCAUGCCAAGAACUGGUUCAUGGUGAAACUGCUAACUGCCAUCCAUCCUUUUUCUUUCACUUACUUACUUAAAGAGUCACAAGGGGGUGGAGCCUGUGCUGGUGGUCAUAGGUCAAAAGGCAACACACAUCCUGGAUAUGUUGCCAGUUUAUCACAGGGCAACCUUUUCCACUCCCACCUAUAGUUAAUUUAUACUUGCCACUAUCAGAAGCGAAGAUGUGGAGCAUUUCACCACCCUGUCGCUCAUGUCUAUGGAAGCUCGUUUCUGCCAGAGAAAAAAAGUUUUUCAAUCCACAAGUCAUCAUUUCAAAGUCAUUUCAAAAUUUCAAGGUAGGCAUCUGAGAAAGUGUGACAGAAACGAGCUUCCUAUAGAUCUGCCGCCACACAGGGAAGGUCUAAGCAAGACAAGGCCAGACCACUUUUUUGCACAUAUUCCAACAGCGUGGCUCUGGAGAGUCUGGGUGCUAAACACCCACUGAAAGCUCGUGACACAUUACAAAAACCAAAUCUCACAACAGACGCUCCAGACUGUUGCGUUAAGAAAAGGAGGUGAUAUAACACAGUAGUGAGAGACGUGCGCUUGACUCAGCUUUUUGGCAUCCAAUUCAUAAACGAUAAUUUAUUCUUGUUAAAACAAUGUUUGGAGUUUUCAUAGUUGUCAUGCUGUGCUCGUGAUACUUCUAGAUAAAUCUAGGGUUUAAAUAUAUGUAUGUGUAUUUUUUAAAUUUCCAUUUUACACGGCACAUCUCCUUCUGGAAGCAAGUUUGAGGGUAUUUUUUGUAGUUUCACCAUGUAGCGCACAUCUCAUCUGGAGGAGCAUCUGAGCACACGUGCCCGUCCACAUAUGAUAUGCUUGCGAAGCUGCUGUACAGAACCUACCUGCUGCAUAUGUUCAGAUACAAUCUCUCACACACACACACACACACACACACACACACACACACACACACACACACACACACACACACACAGGGCGAACAGCAAUGCCAGAAGGAUUAGCUUGUUAGACUUGCUAACCGCUUCUGAUGUUCUAAAUCUCCUCCUAGAAUAGGAUCGUCGGGAAGUAUAUUCAGGCCUUCCUCAUCAGUGUUUACUUGGUAUGAGCUCAUCCCACACUGAGGUGGCGGAUGGACUCAAGCCUUUGAACGCAGUUCCAUUUGCCCUGUUUGAGAACAAAUGGGACUGCUCUUAUUAUUAUUAUUUUGUUUUGUGAGUGUGAUUGCAUUAUGUAUGUGUGGAGAACUGUCUGUAUCAACUGUUUUAUUGUGCUUUUAAGUUCUAUUGGGUUUUAUUUGGACAGAAUAAAUGCAUAUUUAAGCAAGAUA